AUGCCUGGAGCCAGCGACGUCAACGUGGAGGGCACCUGUGAGGCCCUAUGUCGAACGCUGGUGUCUCAGAACGGCCUCCAGAGAGAGACUGCUGACAUUUCCCAGUCUGUCCUCUACACUUCACUGAUGGGCCUGCUCCUGGUCGCUGACAAUGAGAAAGAGCAGCUCUCCUUAGGAAGUGGAAGGGUUGGCCUUAGAAACAUAGGAAACACAUGUUUCCUAAACGCAGUCGUCCAGUGUUUGUCUCACACGCGUGCCCUGCGCAACUACUGCCUUGUCAAGUCCCACAAGCAUGAGAAGUUCUCCAAAGAGGAGGCUAAGCUCAUGGACGCUUUCUCUCAGGUGCUGUCGGGCCUCUGGGAUGUAAAUGAAGGAGACACGGUCGUAAAUCCUCGACAGUUUUACAACAUUUUCAAAGAAGCGGUGCCUUACUUCAGUGGUUUCAGUCAACAGGAUGCUCAGGAGUUCCUCAGGUUCUUAUUGGACAAACUGCAUACCGAAAUAAAUCGCAGACCUUACAUUAGACGAACAGGGAAGGAGUCUGAACAAAAAUAUGCCAUUUUUAGAAUUUCAGAAGAAGCAGCUGCCAUGUGGAAGAAGCACUUGGAGAGGGAUGACAGCAUAAUAGUAGACCUGUUCUCAGGGCAGCUGCGGAGCUCGUUGCAUUGCUCAGUCUGUUCCCAUUACUCCAACACAUUUGACGUGUUCUGUGAUCUGUCACUGCCCAUCCCCAAGAGGAGCUCUGGAGGGGAGGUCACACUGAGGGAGUGCCUGGACCUCUUCUCUCAAGAGGAGAAACUGGACAAGGAGAAUUCACCAAUGUGUGAGAGGUGUAACAGGCGUACCGAGUGCACCAAGCGGCUGUCCAUCCAGAGGUUUCCCCAGGUUAUAGUGAUCCAUCUGAAUCGUUUUACAACCUCAAGGUGGUCUAUCAGUAAAAGCACGGUAUAUGUGUCCUUCCCACUCACUAACCUGGACCUCGGACCCUACGGGCCUGUCGACUGUGGUGCAGUUCUGUAUGAUUUAUAUGCAAUAUGUAACCAUGCUGGGACGGUGAACAUGGGCCAUUACACAGCCUGCUGUUUAGAUGAAAAUAGUUGGUGCUUCUACAAUGAUUCCAGUGUGACUCCACUCACAGAGAACCAGCUCCAGACCAAUCAAGCCUAUGUGCUGUUCUACCAGCGCAGCAACAGCACCGCCACCGUCAGGAAAUAGACCUGAGACUGGCUGAGCCAGGCAGCCAAUCAGAGCAACUUUACCUCCAGUGUCCAUAGAAACAAAUAGAAGCAGCAGUGUUGUAACUAUGACAUCUAUAAACUUCUCAAUCUCAAUGAGCAUGCCCUCAAAUAAACUCUGCAGAGGAGGAGGAGAAAGAAGACAUGUUCACGUUAUAUGGGGGGUUGAUGAGAUGAUCUCCCUCCUAAAUUUUGGAGGUGCUUUUGGAAGCAUCUCAGUAAGUGAACUGAGACAGCUCAGACAGACUGUAGCCUUAAGAGUCUCUGUGCCCUAAUUCUCAGGCAGGAGUGAGUGAUGCACUUGCACAUGAUGCAGAGCUCUAAACAUAAGAUUAUCAUGAUUCAUGCUUGCUAAUAUGAAACCAAAUAACCAAGAAAUACAUCUUUGAUGGCAUAGAAAAUAAGCAAAAUUUUGUGACCUGUGACACACUGUUGUAUGCAAAAGUUUGGGUUUCAAAGGGACUUUUUUUUUUUUUUUUUUCAAGUGAAAAGAAGUAAAUGCAAACCUGGCAGUAAACACAUAAUAUUAUUA